CUCCCAGGCCAUCAAUGGAGAGCGAGCACAACACCCUCUUCUUUCGCUCUCUACUCAACUCGACUCCUCUCGCCUCUUUUUUCCUCUCCUUGCUCGCCAACAGUCCCUCCAUAUCCACCUUUGCGGCUCAUCAACGCGCCCGCCUGCAGGAGCGAAGUAAUACACGCAUCCGUCGGUCCGCGCGCUCCGACCUCCACUUUACUUUACAACUGAUCCGCGCCAUUCCAAAUGGACAACUCUCCGUCGGGCAGUGGCGGCGUGCGCGGUGCGUCGAGGCACCUGCGUAGUGCUCUUCGCGGUAUUACUGGGGGACGGCCAGAGGGCAUGGAGGUAGAUGUGGAUGGAGCGCGCGCGCGUGGUGGCCACAGACGCAACGCAGCUCGAUCGGGGGGACCUCUUGACCAAGCUGGACGCCGCUCCAAGGAAACUCCUUACACCAAGCCAACCUCGACGAAGUCGUUGUCAAGCCGCAUAACCGGCAUCAACCCCAAUGCCUCUUCUAGCUCGGCCAACAAAGGCAAGCCGAAAGGCAAACGCGACACACGCGAUGACAUGCUGCGCGACAACCGCAGGUCGGAUCGCCUCAUGCAGGAGCAGCAUACGAAACUUGGUGACCUUCUCAAAGGGGAUGAGCUCAAAGCCUGGCUUCAGUCGAAGCUCAUAGCUCCUGGCGUCGUGGACAUGUCCAACCUCCCAGGAGAUCCCUGGCUUAUCGAGAAGGGGCUCUUGCCUCCGGGCCACAAGGAUGCGCCUCUUAACGCCGGCGCAGUUUUCUGGAAGCUCAUCGCAAACAACCUCGAAACGCCUCACCAGAGGAUUCACACCCUGGCACUCGCCAACAAUAACCUCAGCAACCUUGCCCAACUCUCCAAGUUGCCUGGUAUCCUUCCUUACAUCCGUGCUCUGGAUCUCAGCGGCAAUCCCAUUCACAAGGCCGAUGAGCUCAAACAUCUGCAGUCCGUCGGAGAGGCGAAGGGCAAGGCGAGCUUUGGAGCCGGUAGCCUGAAGAACUUGGUCGAGCUCAAGCUCGUCGAUGUUAGAUUCCGCACCGAGCUCAUCGCCCAGCCAGGCGGUAUGGAGAAGUAUCAACAUGAUGUUCUUCGUCGCUUCCCGGGCCUCCUCGUUCUUGACGGCGUACCGCUCAACCGCAUCGUCUUCCCGCUCGAGCGCAAGCCUAUAGUCUGGCGAACAGCCGAGGACCGCAAGCCUUUCGCAGCUCGUCCAUUCACGUUCCCCUUCGACGUGAAGCCUAGCUUUGAAGAGAACGAGGCCGUGCACGCAGUCGUGAUGGCUUUCUGCCAGAAAUUUUACACUCUGUUCGACGCCAACCGUGCUGAGUUGUUCUACGGGUACCGCGAGGACGCUACGAUUUCCAUUUCACCCAACACCCUUCCCUCGCGCUCGUGGCAGGCGGCCGAGGUCACGGCCACGCGCAACAUGCGUCCGGCUCCCGUUUCGUUCGAGCCAUGGACAUCGCUGCCGGGCCGCAAUUUCUUCCGUUCAUGCACCACAAUUGAACAGAGGACGGCCACUCUCAAGUCGCCCAUGGAUAAGGACGAGCUCCUCCGCUGGUGGAACACGCGUGUUCCCCGCACUGAGCAUCCUCUUACCGACGCGUCCAAGUGGUGCAUCGACGCCUGGUACUUUGACGACAACCAGGAUCGCAUUUCUGCUAUUAUCCAGGGCGAGUUCAAAGAGCUCCCAUCGUCGACCUGGCGCUCCUUUACGCGUACCUUUAUUCUGGGCGCGCCUUCCCCUGACUCACCUGCUGCCGCCCACAACUGGCCGUGUGUGAUUCUGUCGGAUAUGAUGGUCGUGCACUCGUAUCUCGGCACCCGGUCGUGGGACGAAAAGUCGAGUCUGGCUAGUGGCGAUGUCGCUAUUGUGCCUCCUUCAGUCCCUUCUGCUUCCGGAGCUUUCCCUCCCAUGGUGGCUGGCGACGAGGCGCAGCGGGCGCCCCUCAUUGAAGCAGUGCGUCAGCGCACUGGGAUGAACUUGAGCUACUCAAGGCUCUGUCUCGAGGAGAACGGUUGGGACGUCGAUCGCGCUGUAGCCAACUUCGAGGAGAUCCGUGGUAACAUUCCGCCUGAUGCCUUCAACUAGACACCUCGAGCGAUUAGCGGUCGCCUCAGUACAAGCAUCCCAUAUCACCGUAUCGACCUUACAGACAUUGCCUAGCUCGGCUCGUAAGCGCUACCUCGUCCACGGCCAGCAGCUUGGACGAUGGUCUCGCACCGCCGCCUUUUGGCAUUGCACUCAUAGCACACACCAACAUUAGCUCGAUCCGAAUGCAUAGCUGUAUUACCCCGUAG